AUGUUUACCUCCUUCCACGCAAUGAUACCUUCAGACGCUGAACUCGCCUCUCAAGCACUCACUGAGGAGGGCAAUUAUCGUUUCCCAUCGUUCUCGGCGUCUGACGCGGUCACGCUUGGUUUAUCUCUACGCAAACGCUUCCGUGCGUCUUCUCGACAUUCUAAAGGCAAAGGCCUCGUCAUCUCCAUACAAACCAUCGCCGGUCACACCUUGUUUGCGUGUACCGUGGGCGACCUUGGCCACCCAGCCGGUGUUGGGGAUGUUAGUUUGAAUAGCUGGACAAGUGUGGAGGGCAUGGUUGGAGUUGUAAGGCAGACCGGCCACUCGAGCUAUUAUGUCGAGAAAAGCAUGAGCGCCAUGGGCAAGUCGGCAAAACAGAUAGGAAUCCAUGGGGACCAUAUUAUUCACGGAGGAGCAUUCCCAAUCUGGUUGGACAACGCCCAUUGCUGUCCUAUUGCUGUUGUUGCUUGCUACUCAGGUUCAAGCCAAGAAGACCACCACCUUGUUGUUACAACUGUCCGGGAUUAUCUUCACAAAAUCAACAAGUCAGAAACACGAAUAUCUGCCUCUUCUGCUCUAGGGACAGAGAUGCAUAUGCCUCUCCCGUCUGUACCAAUCCGGGAGAGCACGGUAAGCUCAUAUCAGCAAGUCCAGGUUCGCCAGUUCAUUAGCGAGUAA